AUGCCUGGAUAUCAUGACAUGAUUGAUGCUGAAAUUGACUCACGCCCCUGCUAUUACACCUACAACCAUGUCCAACCGGGAUAUUACCCUUGCUAUCCUCCUUCCGUCAAAGCAAUAUCGCACUGUUGUGGAAUCGGCUCUACAUGCUUGGGAGACACGCUAUGCUUGAGUAGCGACGGGCCUAUGUAUAUCGGUUCAUGCACAGCCAAGGACUGGUUCAACAGUACGACUAUUCCGAGUGGCUGUCCAAAAUACUACAAAUACUGCGAAGGAAAGAUAGGCGAUGAUAUAACUAUCACUAUAUGCGACGUCAAACCGGAUAAAACUUGGGAAGCCUGCUGCGGGGCGGGCCAGGGCGCUGCCUCGUGUUGCAGUUCGGACAAAUUCACCAUCGGCAAUUUAACACACGAGUACGCGGUGCAACGACCAUGGAAUAUGGAUAACAUCUCUAUUCCAUCAUUGCUACCCACGGGACCUUAUUUGUCGGCCACUUCGACUCCAUCGAGCACCACAUGCGACUUGCCAGACCUGAGAUCUUCCAGCACUCAAAGAGCGCAAAUUGGUGUGAGUGCUGGGCUCGGGGCAUCAUUGCUUGUGACCUUGGGUCUGCUGUUUCUGGAGCGGCGAAAACGGCGGCAGGCUGAGGCUAGAACCACUCAGCAAGAACUCUACCCGCCAUUUGGCCAGCAAGAGCUGCGCCGCGAUACCUUGUGCAGUUACGAAGUUGAUGCGAACUCACCGACUGUCGAGCUUUCUUCACAAAGGCCGGUCCAAGAACUACCUCACUGA